AUGAGCCUCCGCUCCUCGUGGACGGUCCGCCACGCCGCCGGUGAGCCCCUGGCCGUCGUGCGCGUGCGCAGGCUGCAGACGACGGUCGUGGGCCCGCAGGACGCCUGGGGCCGCGGGAGGGCGCUGCAGCCGCUGCUGGUGACGGCCGAGCUGCACUUCUCGCGGCCCUUCGGCGCCGCCGCCGCCGCCGACAACGUCACCAGCGGCGACACGGUGCACUACGGCGAGCUGAGCAAGCUGAUCCUGGCCUGCGUCGACCGCUCCAACCAGCACGCCGCCCUCGCAGACGCCAGCAUCGACCUGCGCGUCCUGCUCGAGAUGAUCUGGAUCGUCCUCACGGGGCGCAACGUCGACGGCGCCGACGCCGAGCCAGAGGCCGCGCCCCUCCUGGACCGCUCCCGCCUCAGGUUCAUCUCCCUGACCGUCUGCCUGCCCAAGGCCUCGCUCCUGGGCGAGGGGGUCAGCCUGACCGCGUCCAACGUCUAUGCCCCCUUCACCGUCGGACCCGCCGCCCUGUCCAUGUACGGCCUCUGCCUGAAGCUUCACAGGCUCAGGGUGCCCGUCCUGAUAGGGGUCAACGACAACGAGAGGAAGGCUAGGCAGUUUGUCGUCGUCGACGUGGAAGUUGAUAAGCUUGAUUACUACCCGGACAUCUAUUGCGAGCUGGAGAAGAUCGUCGUCCUGGAGAAGUCCUCUUUCGAGACUUUGGAGGCUCUUGGUGCGAAUCUGACCAGCACCAUCGUGAGAGACUUCAAGCCCAACCCCGACGAGCUCUUCACGGGCGAGGAGGGUUGGCAGGUCAAGGUCAGCAUGGAGAAGCCCACCGCUGUUCCCUUUGCCGACUGCCCGGUUGUCGAGGUCCGAGCUUCAGCACCCGUCACCAACGGCACCCGGUCACACCGCUAA